AUGCAUUUUUCUAUCACUUUAAUCCCCCCCACUUCCGCUGUCCGCUAUUACAACCCAAACGAUGGGGAAAAUUUGAUGUGGAGCCCAAAAUUAGGUCAAAAUGCUCGAGACCAGUGGGGAAAACUGGAUGAUGAUGACAUGUUUCAUCUAGAACAUCUUGGUCUGGUGGCAGAUCUGAUACCCGCAAUUCAUAUGAACUAUCAGGACAGCGCUUUAGAGGCAGUGCUCCAUUAUGACUACCCGACCGUUUCUAUGGACUUAGACUUCUUAAAAGAUCCUGCUGGGAGGGAAGAGUGGCUGCUGAUGCGCACGAAGAUGUACAAAUUACAAAAUGGACGAUUUGAUAUGCAUGUGCAGAUCAUCGAUGACGACGGGGAUCUUGUGGCAACUGCUAAACAGACAUGCCUGGUCCUCAAACGCUCCGGUCUUGGAGAUAUCGGAAUGAGAUCGCGCAUGUAG